AUGUCAUCGUCGCCGGACCUGAACGGCGACGCAGUGGCCGAGAUCCUGCUGCGCCUCCCGUCCCCCUCCGUCCUCCGCUGCCGCGCCAUCUGCAGGGCGUGGCGCGCCAUCAGCAGCAACCCCGGCUUCGUGGCGGCCCACGCCUACCUCCCGCCCCCUCGAGCUCACCACCCACCCGAUUGCCAUCCCUUGCUCCUGCUGUUCGAGAGAGACAGCUUCUACGGCACCGACCACCUGGUCUGCAACCCGGUGACCCGGCAGUGGACGGCCGUGCCGCCGCUUUGCGCCAGGCUGAUGACACGGCUCUGCGGCUUCUACCUCCACGGGCCGUCGGGCGAACACAGGCUCCUGUUCCUCGCCAACGACGACGACUAUGGCGGCCGGGGCACGUCGGUGUCGCACUACGUCCGCUCCCUCGAAGCCGGCGAGACCCGCCGGCUGGGGCCGGCGGCCGCGACCGUCAACGUGUUCAGCCAGAUCUAUCACAAGUACCUUGAUUAUCACGGCAAACUUCACUGGCUUAGACACCCUGAGGUGGGGAGGACCGACAAGAUCUUGGUGUUCGACACGGUGUCCGAGGCGUUGCGGCGGACGUCGCAGCCGCCAUUGAUGAUGAAUCGAUACGACGAGCCCUCGCUGCUGGAGAUGGACGGGAUGGUGGCCAUGGCAGCCAUCCUUCACGGUUCGCAGCACAUGGACCUCUGGGUGCUGGAGGACUACGGCAGCGACGAGAAAUGGACACGCCGCCACCGGAUCGCUGGGCUAUGA